UAAGUCACCUACAUAUGGACAUACAUACGUAUGUAGUUUGGAUAUCCACUUGAAACUUGGAAUUUCGAUUCGAUGGGCAGCAAGGGCAAGGCUGGUUUGGACUUCUCCAACAAGGUGGUGCUUAUCACGGGCGCAGCCUCUGGGAUCGGGGCCGCCGCGGCGGAAAUGUUUUCCAAGCUGGGCGCCUGCCUGGCCCUGGUGGAUCGGGAGGAGGAUGGCCUUAUAUGCGUGAUGAAACGGUGCAUGAAGACGGGUCUCGAGCCCUACGGCAUAGCCGGAGAUCUGCUCAAGCCGGCGGAGAUCGAGUGCAUUGCGCGGAAGACCACGGAGCGUUACGAAGGCAGGCUUGAUGUGCUGAUUAAUGGGGCGGGCAUCAUGCCCACGGGAACACUGCAGAGCACGGAACUGUCCUGCUUCACCCACGUGAUGGAGGCCAAUGUGCGGCCUGGGUUCUACCUGACCAAGUUGUUGCUCCCCCAGUUGCUCCAGAGCAAGGGCAGCAUUGUCAACGUGUCCAGCGUCUGCGGACUGCGCGCUUUUCCCAAUCUGGUGGCCUACAACAUGUCUAAGGCGGCGGUGGACCAGUUCACCCGCUCCCUUGCCCUGGACCUGGGUCCCCAGGGCGUCCGGGUGAAUGCGGUCAAUCCGGGGGUGAUUCGCACCAAUCUGCAAAAGGCUGGAGGUAUGGACGAGCAGAGCUACGCCGAAUUUCUGGAGCACUCGAAGAAGACCCACGCCUUGGGUAGGAUUGGGGAGCCAACUGAGGUGGCGGCCGCCAUUUGCUUCCUGGCCAGCGAGCUGGCCAGUUUCGUGACCGGCGUGACCCUUCCUGUGGACGGUGGCAAACAGGUCAUGUGCCCCCGCUAGUCCCUGCUAGGAUCCUGUCCAGACGAAUGUGUUUCCUUUUCCCUUGUUUCCCGCCCAUUCAGUCCAUUACUACCAAUUCAAAUUUUAAGUAUUAAAUAAAAACUUUCGUACGUUGCUAAUUUUUAAA